AUGAUGCAGGUACCGAACAGACUGACCGGAGUUGGAACAUACGGUUACCCAGCCAUGAGUCAUUACGAUUCGCUCUAUCUACACCAGAGCGGCUGCCCGCGCACAGCGGCGACCAAGCCUGCCAGCGGGAAAUCUUUCACCAUCGACGCUCUACUCGCCAAGCCGGAGGAAACACUGAGGGACCGGAAGAAUCCCUCUCACUUCGGAUUAAAAUCACUGCCCGCACCCUUCCAGAGUCAGAUGAGCACAGCGCUGCAACAGUACCUCUACACGCCGAAUAUGCUUCACACUCCUUUGCAGAGUCACUCACAAGCCGGGUAUUCUCUCUAUUGCUGCCCGACGUUUCCCUACCAUGCGUCUUGCCGGGGGACAUUUUACACACAAGACACAGGUCUAUCAAAGUCUCACUCAUUCAAACACAAAGGGGGGAAAUUCAAACGGAUGCGCACCAGUUUCACCAACGAGCAACUGGAUCGGCUGGAGAAAGAGUUUGCCCGGCAGCAGUACAUGGUCGGGUCAGAGAGGUUUCUUCUGGCUUCGGCUCUACAGCUUACGGAGGUUCAGGUUAAAGUGUGGUUCCAGAAUCGACGCAUCAAAUGGCGGAAGCAGAGCCUGGAGCAACAGCAGGCCAAGCUGGUUAAACUGGGCCUGGCCGCUCCGGUCAAAAGUCCCGGUUCUCAGGGUCUAGUCGAUGGAGAAGACGAGGAGAUAGACUUCUCAGAGGGGUCUGAUGUGGAUAUAGACGGGCUCACUGACCAAUGCUGA